UUGUACAGAAGAAGAAGAACUGGUGGGAAAUUUGACAGAGCGGAGGCUGGUCGUUGGUCUGAAGUCUCCGAAACGUCUCCACAAAUUCUUAGAAACUGUGAAUUUACGAAUGUUUACCCGACAUGGACCGAUAUGUGUUGGUUAUUUCCUUUUGCCAAACUGAUGAGGAGGGAUUGGACUGUUUGAAAUGUUUGGAGCCACUAAAGCAGAUUUAUGACAAACUUGUGGACAUCUCAGCUCAGGAGUCAGUGAGAAGCAACUCUGUGUUUCCAGCUUGUUCUCUCAGCGGCAGCCCGUCAGCUCAGAGGUGGUACUUUGCUGUUCAGGCUUGUCUCGGAGAAACACAGUUUUGCAGCUCAGACUGGGAGGAGUUGGGACCAGGACAUCAGAGAAGUGACAGUGAGGAGGAGAAACCUUCUGCUGUGGAGGAAUGUCUCAGCAGUCUGGAGGCAUCGGACCAAAAGGUCGAUCAGGCUGCUCUGAUAGAGCUGCUGGAGGAGGCUGCAGAAGGUCUACAUCUGCUGUCAGACAAGCUGCCACCUCCAGGUAAAGCCUUGUUGGACGUUCUGGUGCUGGGUUCUGCUGAACAGCCUCCGCCUGUUAAAGACCUGCUGCCUCUGCUGGGAGCCUUAAAACACAUGUCCUGCUGGCACGCUGCGAACAUCAACAUCGUCACACCGCACACUGCCGGAUGGCAGAAAGUAGCUUCCUCCCUGAGCGCUGGUGUGGUCCAACCUGAUGGCCUUGACAGCUGCAUCGACCACAGGGAGACGUGGAGGGGAGGCCUGGUCAUCAGAGAGAGGAAGUACGUGUCAGAGCUUCGCUUCGAUGGCUUUUCUCUUCGCUCUCCGGUGCAUCAGAUAUCGGAGUCCGUUCUCCUGCAGACUCCCUUCACCACCACGGACCACCAGCUGCAGUCGGAGGUCUUCCAUUACUUCGCUCCGGUCCUAGACUUGGUUCAGCUGGUUAAUCUGUCAGAGCUGCCCAGCUUCCUGAUGUCCAGCACCCAGUUUGAACUAGGCCUGUCUGGGAAGUCGAUGAAAGCUAAACUUCUGCUGGACCAGCUGAGGUCACUGCGUGGAAAGGUGGGAGCUCUGUUCAGUCUGUCCUGUAUCGUCACUCCCGUCGCUCAGCCUGCAGCCGGUCAGCUCAGCUCUCAGCGCUGGAGAGAGUCUCUGUCCAGGAGACCAAAGUCUUUGCUGGCGCCUGAUGUGGAGGUGAAAGGUGAGAGCUGCGUCUACUUCUUGCUGGUCCAGGGCUCAGACGGUGUUGGUUCUGGAGCCUGCCGGGUCAGGAUGCUGCACUCAGACAGCCAGAUCAACGGAGCCGCUGCCAUGGCAACUGUCUCUGGGCUGCUGAGAGAGAAGUCGCUGUCAUCAUCAGGAGUAGCUGGAGGCAGCAUCCUCCAUCGUCUGCCGUGUCUCCAAGGAAACCUGAUGCUGCAGAGGGAGAGGAAGGUGGCCGAGGUUCAGACUCUGGUACUCAAAGAAUACCUCAGACAGAAGGACGAAGCUUCAGCCUCAACGUCGAUACAUGUCAAUAACCUGAAGGCCGUCUUGAAUCUGGCCAGAGAACAGUAUUUGAAGAUGGUCGACUCUACUCUAUCCACUGCUGCCGCUUGUCUGACAAAGCGUCAGGCCUCCACAAACUCAGGGUUUCAGACCAUUUCCCAGCAGCCAUCUGACUGGCCUGAGAGAAGUGUCCUUCACAACAUAGAGAACCUGCAGAGGAGACGGCAGAAGAGAAGGUUUGGGCUGUUGGGUCCAGCCUCCAGUGACAGUCUGCUGGGUCCUAAAGACAGUCAGAGGGGCUCCGCUGCUUUACUCGAUGCCAAAGAGCUUCUGAAGCACUUCACAUCCGAUGGUCUGCCCACUGGGGAGCUGCAGCCACUGGCUAUCAACAGAGGUAGUAAUGUGUUCCAGCUGUCACCAGACCUUUCCCCUCGGAGAAUCAGCCAGAUGCCCUUCAACCAGGCCUCCUCCUCCCAUUACCACGGCAUAGAGUUCUGCCUGGAUAACCGGCGCUCUCUGGACCGGGACCAGGCCUUCGUACGCCUCCAGUCCCGUCUGAUCCGGUAUGAAACCCAAACCACCUGCUCUAAGGAGCCCUGUGCCCUCCCCUUUGCCCUCAGUCCCGCCCCCUCACCUGCCAUGAUGUCAGAACCAGGAAGCGUACCUGACGGAGAGACUCUGCAGAACAACGAUGUGGCUCGACUCAAGCGCAGGUCCUGGGAAACCGACAUCGCUGGAGGUUAUCCUCGCAAGAGGCUGGUGAAGUCAGAGAGCAGUGACUCUCUGUGUUCUCAGAGCAGUAACAGCAGCGGGACUCAUCCUGUCAUCAGGUCUCUACGGCAGCAGCCCAGCAGAUCUCAGUCUACCUCCUCCAUCCGCACCGCUUCCUCCUCAGCCACAAGACGGACUUCAGGUUUGGUGACUGUUUCCGGCGCUGACAGACCUAAACCUCAGCAGCAGAAGAUUCAUGAAGGUCACUCCGAAGACAAACCGGCCAAAGAGUCCCGAUCCCAGAAACACAACAGGAUGCUGCAGGAGGUAGUAGUUAAAACACUCAAACACCAUGGGAUCAGUGCUGAGCAUCGCUGCUUUGAGGCCUGCAGCAAAAGACUGUUUCAUAUCUCCAAAUUCUAUCUCAAGGAUCUGAAGACGUCUCGAGGUUUGCAUGAAGAGAUGAAGAAGGCAGCCGGCAGCAACGUUAAACAGGUCAUUGACUGGGUGCUGGAGAAGACCUCAAAGAAGUGAAGGAGAUAAUGAAGAAUCAGUGGGAUAGCAGACUCUUUGUUUCUUUAAAAGGAUUCUGCAUCAAAAAUGUGCAUCUUGUGUUACUUUUGAACACAUUCAUGCAUGUUUGGUUUUUUUAAGCCUUUCUGAUCGGUCUUAAACUGUUACACUAAGCUUGUUUUAAUUAACUUAAUCCUUUAUUGAAUUUAGUUGCCUUCACUUUUGAAGAGAUCAGAUAGUGUUUUAACGUUUUUAUCUUUAAUUUGUGUAUCUGAAGUCUGAAACAGGAAAACAAACCAACUCUAUUCACUCUGCAGAGGCCACAGAAUCCUCCAUGUUGACUUCAGUUGUCUUUUCUGAGUUGUGGUUUUCAGCGUGAUUGUAAAUCUUUUAUACUCCUUUGUGUUUUUUUAAAGUACAUAUUGUAUCUUUUGUCAUUUCCUGUCUUCAACACAAUAAAUGUAUUCGAUAUGA